AUGCUGCUUCUCCUGCUCAGCUGUCUCUUGCCCACCACCAAUGGGAAGAGCUGCCUCCACUGCUGGCCAGAGCCGCCUGCACUGAUAGACUAUGACCUGCAGAUUCUAUGGGGCACCCCAGGGCCACCUGUGGAGCUCUCCCACAGUCAAGACCAUUUGGAGGAAACAGCAGGAAUAUUAUUCACUCACAUAGAUAAAGCCAUUAAGAAGUUUCGAGAUGAUAAACCAUCACUUCUGGAAGAGGUUCAUGUCCUGAAGCAGCAGUUUUCCAAGCAUCUGGAGGACCUAUGUGAAGAGCUGAAGAAGAAGGACAUCCGCUCCACACUGGAGGUCAUCAGCUGUGCCAACUGCAAGACACACUUCCUCACCUGCCAAGACCCCACUCUCUGCCCAGGGACCAGGAGGAACUUCGUGUGGGCUGUGAGCCUCGGCAUUGCUCUGCCCCUGGCGGCCCUAGCUGGAGGUGGCUGA